AUGGCUGCAGCUGCUCUUGUGAGGAGCGUGAGGUGUCAUGCCUGCCGUCAUGAUGUUCUCCAGUCAUUCGUACGGAUUUCAGGCCUUCCGGUUGCGCAGAGCUUGCGACUGCCAAACGAGCCGCAAACCAGACGGUUUUUCACUGGCCCGAAUCUUUGGAUCGAGUCGUCACAUUCAAAUUCGGAAGAGAAUGACAGUAAGGAGUCGAGUCCAAAUGCCUCUGCGUUAGACGAGUCCACGAAAUCAUCUCCAUCUGUGCCGUGGUAUCUGCAACUGGAUUCCGCUACCGAGCCCGUCCACCCCGUGGCAAAACGGCAGGAAAUUCCAGCUGUUCCUGAAAAUGCACCCCCUAUUACACAUGAUAUGCUGCAACAUCUCGCUACAGAGAUUGGCUUAGAUGACAUGGCUUUACUUGAUCUACGAGGAAGAGAUCCUCCACCGGCUUUGGGAGGCAAUCUUAUCAUGAUCAUUGGAACUGCUCGGAGCUUGAAACAUUUGAAUGUUUCGGCAGAUCGAUUCUGCCGGUGGCUGAGAUCUACAUACAAACUCAGACCCUACGCUGAUGGGUUGCUAGGCCGCAAUGAGCUAAAGAUCAAGCUAAGGCGGAAGGCUCGUCGUGCCCGUCUUGCAAGCAGUUCUGGAGCUAUUGCAGACUCAUCAGAUGAUGGUAUCACAACUGGCUGGAUAUGUGUCAAUGUGGGUAGUGUGGAUGACCCAAGUGCGAGCCAGAAUCUCAGAGAAGGGGGCUUCGAAGGAUUUGGUAAAGUCCAAGGGGGCACGAGGAUUGUCGUUCAAAUGUUCACGGAGGAGAAGAGAGCAGAUGUUGAUUUGGAACAGCUCUGGGCUCCAAAGCGGGACACGAAAACUUCAAGCAACGAAGCGAGAAAUGAAUCCAUAGUUGAAGAAGAGCACCAGGUUUGUUCUUCUGAAUUCGAUAUGACCACCGAGCACAACUCUAACCAAAAAAUACCAAAUGUUCCCAGGCCACCAUUUCACUUAACAAUUGAUCAGAGACGGAGCUUCGCUACUCACUGCGGGAGAAGAAACUUUUACGUUCAGCACAAUUUAAGCCAAGAUACAUACCGAGAUACCAAUCUCGUCGACAGUGACACACACCAGCAGGAUCUUUCGUUACAAAAAAUAUCGCUCUAUCUUAAGAGACUUUCAUCUGAAGAUGUUAUUGAGAAGUUGGGAAGUGGGCCGGAAGACAAGAGCUCAACUGAAUUCUUGCAAAACUGUUAUUCGUCUGUUGGCACUGGGUCCGAUUACUACGAAGACCACAGCUUGCGUUUGGUACUUGCUGCUGCAGGGGUAUCUGCCCAGCAUCCAAAUUAUACGAAGGAAUAUCUGUGGGCUUCAUUCUUGGAACACACCGGCUCCGGAUUUAAGUUGAACCACGAUAUAGCAAUUGACAUAGCAUCCGCUUUUCUUGUUCCACGCUUAGGAGGGCAGAAUCGAGAGAGAACUUCCUCUGAUUUGGUAGACUUUGACAUUGAAUCUGCGUUGCGUGUUUUGGACUACCUUUCUCUUGAAGGGGCAGACAUGAUGACGAAACAGCAGGUUUUCAAUUUGAUCUACAGAACUUUGACCCUGAGGUUGCUAAAUGAGGAUGCUGGAUCUAUCCAGGAGAAGGCGCUUCGGAUGCGAAGUUUGAUGACAAUUCUCGAGAUCCCUUGGACAGGCGACAUUGCCCGAGAAACCAUGCAACUUAGAUUGAUGGUUGGAGAUGUGGAUGGCUUCUACGAAAUCUGGCACGCCAUUCCUUUCCAUGAAAGCUCUAGGACUGCAAAGGAUUAUGAGUUGCUCUUCCGAGUUCACGCCGAAGUGGGAAACCCAGUCUAUGCUCGGAAGUGUUUGGCGGAUUGCACUUUGAUGAUGGGAAGAGAAGAGCCUCCAAUCAAGCCACAAGCCGAUCUUAUUUCUGUGGUCGCAAGAUGUGCACAUGUCGCAGGUUAUAGUUCUUCUGAUUUCCAUCUGACAUCAGUUUCAGACGAAUGGCAGGAAGCACAUCCGCUCAUUGCGAAGGAAAUGGAAUCUCUCGAGCAGUUGGCCCGUUUCCAUACUAGUGCAUAUUGUCCGCGGACCUCGGCUCACGCCACCAUCAUUCUUACAGUCAGUCACUCAUUGCGAGAGAGACAGCAAUCGACCACAUCACAGCUAUCACUUGUCGUCUACGUGGUUGAUAUAGCUCUAUAUUUCCUGAUAAUCCUGCAAAGUGAAGUUGACGACUUGAAGCCGUCGCUUUUCGAGCUUCUUGCUGAAGAGCAGCUAUCAUCCCUUCUUCCUCCAUCAAUCCGCUACUUGCUCGCUGUUGCGACGCAUAGACACCCGCGGUAUCUGCUCCGAAUACUUAACAAUUUCGACGAGCUCUACGCGCUUUUGUCGCUCGUGGUCGAGCGAUACUACCUCCGUACAUUCGGCGGUUCAUUCACGGAAAAUUUCUAUUCCCUGAAGCGCGAACGCGUCUUAUUCACGAAAAAUGGCGAGAUACCCCGUGCGCAGAUGGGCGCUGCGACAGCAGUGCGCGAAACCCUGAGACUGCGGACGUCUGACGUCUGGAAAAACCUGGCUGUCAUGGUCGGGCUGCCAUAUAUCAAACGCAAGCUCGAUGAAAGCUACGAUAUCCAUGUUGUGCCUCAAUCGUCGUCCCUGCUCGGUGGCCCGAGGUACAAUCCACACGACGACUUGCCGCCCAAUCCGACGAUAAGACAGCGUCUGAUGUUUUAUUAUAAAUGGUUUCUUCGAAACGUAUAUCCCUCGGUGAACGCGGCAUACUACUUCUCCAUCCUGGCCUUCAACUUGGCCUAUCUCUUCGAUAACACGAAAUAUUCUUCGCCCUUCCUAUGGCUUAUUGGCACACGCAUUCGCCGGCUAGGCUCAGCCGACCACCGCGCCAUUGCAAUGGCCAUGCAGCCAAAGCCCGGCAGCAAAAUAACUCCACGCCCUGGAUCCGGGCUGCUAGGCCUGCUCAGCCCGCAAAAUAUAUAUCCGCAGCUCCUACAAUCUUUACGUUUCUUCCUCCCAGCAUCAAUAUUUGCGCUCAAGUUCCUAGAGUGGUGGCAUUCCAGCGACUUUUCGCGACAACUAGCUCGAAAAGUCACCGAGACUCUCGACUUGCCUGCCCCCGUGGUCACUGGAAUGAUUGAUCCGUCUCUUCGAAAAUCGAAAACAUCCCCCUCCUCCUCCUCAUCACCAUUGAGCCUGAAACCAGCCCUUAAAACCUCACCGUCUCGGCGCCAACCACCCAUCUCAUCGACCUCGUACCUCCCCAUAUUCACUGUUCCAAUACCAACACCAGACUCGGACAAUGCAGGCGCAUGCCCCAUCUGUCUCAACCCUCUCACAAACCCGACGGCAUGCCAGACCGGCUACGUAUUCUGCUAUGGCUGUGUCUUCCGCUGGUUGAACGGUGAGCACGAGCGACAAAUAGAUUUCAUGAAUGGGGUAGAUGGCGGUGCAGCUUGGGAUGAUGAUGAUGACAUAGACGACUCCGCGGAAGAUGAUAACAGCCCUCAGUCAGGGGGGCAUGAUAAAUUAGACCAAGACGACGCUCGCACCGCGUCGAAUAAGAGUCGACAAGGGAAAUGGGAGAGCGGCAAGGGACGGUGCCCUGUGACGGGGAGGAGGGUGUUGGGUGGAACCGAUUGUUUGAGAAGAGUUCUAGUUUAA